GUUUAUGAACGGGCGUGCGGGACUGCGAACGCGGCAGAGCACCGCCACGCUUACGUGUGUUCUGAUCGACCGGUAGCGCGCUAGUGAACCGAAGCCAUCGCUCGCGACCUCAUCAUGCAACCCCCGCCUAGAAAGAGUAAUUAUACGAAGUUUCUAAAGAAUCUUCACACGGAGCAGAUCGCCAAGCUCCACGCGAAGAAUCAGCAUGAGUGCGACUUGCUGGAAGAUCUGCGAACUUACAUCAUCAAACGUUCCGCCAUCGAAAAGUCCUAUUCUGAGGCUCUACUGAAAAUAUCUUCGGCCUAUCUGAAUAAGAAAAUACCAAACAUCCCUGACAUUAAAGUCGAUGGAGCUGAAGAAAAGUGGAACAUGUGGAAUGUCUGGCGCACGGUACUUGAAGAGAACGAGAAGUUGGCCCGCGCCCGGCUCGCUGCCUGCGAGGUGUUCCAGCAGCAGAUCGCUGACGAAGCCAAGUUCCUACGCCAGCAUAAGAUGAACGUUGCUAAAAAGAGCACCGACUUGCUGGCCCAAGCACAUAAGGAGCUGCAAAUGAGCGUGCUCGAUGUUGACAAGACCAAGAAGUUGUACUUCGACGAGGAGCACACAGCUCACGACGUGCGUGACAAGGCAAAGGACAUCGAGGAAAAAUUGAAGAAGAAGAAGGGUUCGUUUUUCCAAUCCAUUACAUCCCUUCAGAAAAACAGCGCUAAAGUUUCAUCUCGUCGUGACCAACUCGAGGAGAAAUCUACUGGAGCGAGAAACGAUUACUUGUUGAGCAUUUCUGCAGCUAACGCUCACCAGAACCGAUACUUUCUGGUGGAACUUCAAACAUGCAUGCAAAAUAUGGAAGCUUCAGUUUACGAAAAAGUGUCUGAGUUUCUUACUCUGAUGGGUCGCACUGAGCUUUUGACUUGUUCUGCCACUCAGCACUCCUUUGGUAAAAUUAGGGAUCAAGCCCAACAAUUGACAAGGGAGUACAAUUUGCAAUGUCUUUACCUUUACUAUCCCGUGCUUAAGCAACACAUUCAGUAUGAAUUUGAACCAUGCGAUAAUGAUCCCAUUGACACCGUGACUAUGGAGCACGAGUCAGUGUCGCAAACUCUGGCACAAGAAGCUCGUCGUUGGGCGACCCGUGUAGUUCGGGAGACUGCUCUUGUAAGAGAUGCAACUCGUAAACUACAGCUUUACCAAGCAAUGCGCGAUGCAGGACAGAAAGUUGACCCUAACGAUCCCAAUGGACCGGAAUUAGAAGUGCGAAUGGAUGAGCUACGAUCAAACAUUCGUCGUUCUGAGACAUCGCGGGCAAAAUAUGAGGCUAGACUGGAGUGCUUGAGAACUAGCGGUGCUCCCGUAGACGAAUGGCUCAAGGAAAUUGACUUAUUGGCCGUACAAGAUACAUUGCCGCGUAGUAGCAGCCUGCUUAGCGUUCGUACCGAUGCCUCGGGCGCAGCUGAUCAACCUAGCUCGGAUUCAUUCUAUGACAGCGAUAAUACUGAGGGUGAAGCAGGUACCUCUGCCGCUGCUACAGCUGGAACAAGUGGACACCAGCGUACCACGUCCGAUUCUCAAAACGAGGAUGAGCAAGAUGAAGAAGUCGAUGGUGAUUUGGAAGAAGAUCGUAUGCGUAUAGAGCAGCUGACCGUUGGAUGGGAUGAUCCAACUCAAGUUAAUUGGGACGAGUCAGAACCUGAACCAGCAGCCCCGGAGACAACUACUGAGGCACCUGCUGCCCCAUUGUACAAGUGCACUGCUUUGUACUCUUACACAGCUCAAAAUCCGGACGAACUGUCCAUUAUUGAAAAUGAGCAACUGGAAGUGGUAGGAGAAGGUGACGGCGAUGGUUGGCUCCGUGCUAGAAACUAUCGCGGAGAAGAAGGAUACGUGCCCCAUAACUAUCUGGAUGUGGAAAGGGAACAGCCUUCCAGUACACCAGGACUCGUUACUCAAAUUUCCUUCUCUUCUGUGGACUAUACCGUGGAAGGAGAAGAUGCUGAUGUGGUGGUAUCGCCAGAUCAAAUUUCAGUGAUCUCAGCUCCGACCGCUAAACCCGAGGAAGCGAAGGUCGAAGAAGUUCCUAAAGCCGAGGCACCGCCUCCAGAACAGUUGCCCACUCUCGGUUUUUGUUUUGCUCUUUAUGAUUAUGACGCAGAAGCAUCCGAUGAGCUCAAUCUCGAGGAGGGACAGAUAAUUCGUAUCGUCUCACGUGAGGCUCAUGACGUGGAUGACGGCUGGUGGCGUGGAGAAGUUAACGGCGUCGUCGGCAACUUCCCCUCGCUUAUUGUCGAGGAGUGCGAUGAGAAUGGAGAGCCGCUGAGUACUGGCGAAGACUGGACUCCUCCAAGCUCUGCCCCCCCUGUGUUUUCAUCUCCACCGAGGACUCCCGAAGCCGGCUAUGAUGAGGAGGUUGUCAUGAUGGAUAACAACAAUAGUAAGAGCGUCGCUCCGCCGGUCGAGCCGCCGCCGCCCCCGCCAGCCGACCUCGGCGACUCAAUGGACAGUCAACCUGACUUCAGCUUUAAUUUAGAGCUAAGUAGGAACCAACACGAGCAAUACGAUCUUCAAUUCGACGAGGCAAACAAUACCCAGAUCACCCCCGCUGUCACCAUAGUAGUCGAUGAAGUUGUCGGUGAUAAUAUUGAGGAUGAGGACGAAGAAGUGCAGGCCCCUCCGCCGCCACCGCCCCCGCCUCAGCCCAAACCUGCGCCUCUGAUUGUUGAAGCUGGCAGCAGCGGCUGCGGCCUCGGAGUGGCGCAGAUUGUGAUCACCGCCGCUACACCCAUGGUCGAAGAGCCUGACCAGCCGUUCCCUCCGCCAGAACAGGAGCCCCAACCCCAGCAAGACGAGAACGAUGACGAAGAGUCCUCGCUCUCGGAGCAAACGGCCGUGUGCUUGCGCGACUCCGGCGACGGCACGGCGCCCUCCGCCCCUCACCCUGCAUCCAGCUCCACUGCGUCCGAGGGCGAGUCGACCGGCGCCUCGGUAGCCUCCGGUCCCCCCACCGCGCCUCAGUCUCCCCCCGCGGCACCGCGAGCUGGCCGAGCCUCCAUCCCCGACGAACUGGAACCCGCACAACUCGCGAGGCUUACCGACCUAAAGGAGUCUAACGCUUAGAUCUGAAGUCUCCGCUGAAUGAAACUUCUUACUCUAUCUCUAAGCUCUGUAAUCGAUGUUACUGACCCGUCGGUAGGUUUUUUUUCAACGAUGCUACGCGAUCAUCCCCCAAACGUUUAACUAAAACUUUUAUACAUAUAUAUAGUAGUAUCUAAUGAUUACUAUAUUUGAUCAAUUUUGUGAUCUGUAUCACUAAAGAACAUCGCGCAAAAUAUUAUUUACUUACAUGAAAAUAAUAAUAAAAGUAUUACAUAAGAAAAAAAAUCGAAAGGUAGUUACUUGUCACGUGUUCAUUUCUUUAUCCCCCACUAUUGUUUUAGUUUCCAUCGGAACGACAUGACCUAUUUAAAUAUAAAUCUUUAACACUCUAGCUAUGGGAUGGAUCUUAAAAAGUAUAAUACGGUUCGCACUCACUCGUUGGUGGUCUCUUUGCGAUGUGUUUAAAUAAACCACUAGGCCGUUUCUCAACGCAUGCCUUUAAUAAUUCGAAUUUCAAAUUUCGACGGUAAUUAUGCAGUAACAAUUACUUCAUCAUGUCAAAUAAGCUUAACUUAGUUAUUAAGCUAUUUACGAACUUUUAUACACAAAUUAAUAAGUAGUCAAAUUACUUUUAGUAUUUGAAUAUUUGACAAUAGAACUAAUAGAGA